UAGUAGUUUUAGACGUAGUUAUCGAAAAAAAAUAUUGAUUAAAAUUUAAAAUAUUUAAACUAAACGUCGUCAUAUUUAAUUGGCGUACUUAUUUUACAACAAGACCCAAAAUAUAUAAGAGUGUUAGCAAUAUAUUAAAUAAUAUAACUUAAUGUGAAAAAAAAUAUUAUGGAACAUCAAAAGAUAUACACAGAAAUAGAUAGUAAUAAAUCAUUUUCUCAAAAAGGUAAUCUAAAAGAACACCUUCGAACCCAUACGGAAGAAAACCCAUACCAAUGUAACAUUUGUGAAAAAUCGUUUAUUCACCACCGUAAUGUGAUACGUCAUCAGCGAACUCACUCAGGAGAAAAGCCAUACCAGUGUGAUGUGUGUGAUAAAUCAUUUACUCGAAAUUUUACUCUAAAAGAACACCGUCGAAUCCACACAGGAGAAAAUCCAUACCAGUGUGAUGUGUGUGAUAAAUCAUUUUCUCAAAAAAGUAAUCUAAAAGAACACCUUCGAACUCAUACGGGAGAAAAGCCAUACCAGUGUGAUGUGUGUGAUAAAUCAUUUUCUCAAAAAGGCAAUCUAAAAGCACACCUUCGAACCCAUACGGAAGAAAACCCAUACCAAUGUAACAUUUGUGGAAAAUUGUUUAUUCACCACCGUAAUGUGAUACGUCAUCAGCGAACUCACUCAGGAGAAAAGCCAUACCAGUGUGAUGUGUGUGAUAAAUCAUUUACUCGAAAUUUUACUCUAAAAGAACACCGUCGAAUCCACACAGGAGAAAAUCCAUACCAGUGUGAUGUGUGUGAUAAAUCAUUUUCUCAAAAAAGUAAUCUAAAAGAACACCUUCGAACUCAUACGGGAGAAAAGCCAUACCAGUGUGAUGUGUGUGAUAAAUCAUUUUCUCAAAAAGGCAAUCUAAAAGCACACCUUCGAACCCAUACGGAAGAAAACCCAUACCAAUGUAACAUUUGUGGAAAAUUGUUUAUUCACCACCGUAAUGUGAUACGUCAUCAGCGAACUCACUCAGGAGAAAAGCCAUACCAGUGUGAUGUGUGUGAUAAAUCAUUUACUCGAAAUUUUACUCUAAAAGAACACCGUCGAAUCCACACAGGAGAAAAUCCAUACCAGUGUGAUGUGUGUGAUAAAUCAUUUUCUCAAAAAAGUAAUCUAAAAGAACACCUUCGAACUCAUACGGGAGAAAAGCCAUACCAGUGUGAUGUGUGUGAUAAAUCAUUUUCUCAAAAAAGUAAUCUAAAAGAACACCUUCGAACUCAUACGGGAGAAAAGCCAUAUCAAUGUGAUGUGUGUGAUAAAUCAUUUUCUCAAAAAAGUAAUCUAAAAGAACACCUUCGAAUUCAUACGGGAGAAAAACCAUACCAGUGUAACGUUUGUAGCAAAUCGUUUACUCAUAACAGUGGUCUGAUAUUUCAUCAGCUAACGCAUACGGGAGAGAAACCAUAUCAAUGUGAUGUGUGUGAUAAAUCAUUUGCUCGACAUUUUACUCUAAAAGAACACCUUCGAAUUCAUACGGGAGAAAAGCCAUAUCAAUGUGAUGUGUGUGAUAAAUCAUUUUCUCAAAAAAGUAAUCUAAAAGAACACCUUCGAACUCAUACGGGAGAAAAGCCAUAUCAAUGUGAUGUGUGUGAUAAAUCAUUUUCUCAAAAAAGUAAUCUAAAAGAACACCUUCGAAUUCAUACGGGAGAAAAACCAUACCAGUGUAACGUUUGUAGCAAAUCGUUUACUCAUAACAGUGGUCUGAUAUUUCAUCAGCUAACGCAUACAGGAGAGAAACCAUAUCAGUGUGAUGUAUGUGAAAAAUCGUUUACUGUUAAUAGUUAUCUAAAAAAACAUCAUCGAACGCACACGGGAGAGAAGCCAUACCAGUGUGAUGUGGGUGAUAAAUCGUUUGCUAAUUAUAGUAAUAAAAUAGUACACCGUAAAACUCACACGGGAGCAGUGGUGUAAUUAAGAAAUUGUCCUGGGACAAUUUGCCCUUCCUAUCGGUCUUGUCUAAAUUUCUUUUUCGGACGGUGGCUGAGACCCCUCCCCCCCCAUUACCAUUAACUAUUUGCACUAUGGUAUACACAAUACAAUUUAAGAAUUAUAAUAAAUAUUAUACACAUAUUAUCACCA